AUGCGUGUGGAGCGGGCUAUCCCAGAAGCCAAUGUAGUUGAUGGGAAGAUAUAUGUAGCAGGAGGAUGCAGAGACUUCAAUGCCUCAAAUUGGAUGGAAGUUUUCGAUCCAGAAACCCAAACUUGGGAGUUUGUGUUGUGCCCUCAUGCAGAGAGAUGCAGCAUUGGUGUAUUCAAGAGCGUAGUGAUUGAAGGGAGAAUUUUUCACAUGUUUGAGAGCGAAAGUCUGGUUUACAAGCCAGAGGAAGAUAGAUGGGAAGCUGUAGGAGGGUUUAAUAAUAUGGAUUCGGAAUGGCCAUGUAUUUCUUGUUGCGUGAUCGAUAACGUACUAUGUUCUUUUGUGGAUUCAAAAAUGAAAUGGUACAACACUAAGAGACAAGUUUGGAUGAAUAUGAAGGGCUUGAUAGAAUUAAAGCCUAAACUUUAUAGUUAUUGUCCUGUUUAUAUGGCGGACUACGGUGGGAAGUUGGCUGCUUUAUGGACCAAUGAUAUCGGUGCUAGUGGAUUAGAGGAAACGAGGGUUUGGUGUGCAGUGAUUGCGCUUGAAAAACGCAACGGUUGUGAGGAGAUUUGGGGAACGGUUGACUGGCUUGAUAUUGUUGCUACAGUUCCUGCUGCAAACCCAAUCCCUAAACUUGGUUCGAGCAUCUACGUCAUUGGAAUCGACGGUUCGCCUUCUUCUAGCGUGUGGGUUUUAGACUGUUAUCGUCAUGUUUGGCGCAAAGCUCCAAGCAUGCGUGUGGAGCGGGCUCUUCCAGAAGCAAAUGUAGUUGAUGGAAAGAUAUAUGUAGCAGGAGGACGCAGAAACUUCAAUUCCUCAAAUUGGAUGGAAGUUUUCGAUCCAAAGACCAAAACUUGGGAGUUUGUGUUGUGCCCUCAUGCAGAGAGAUGCAGCAGUAUGAUACAAAAGAGCGCCGCGAUUGAAGGAAGAAUCGUUUACAUGUUUGUGAGGGAAGGUCUGGUUUACAAGCCAGAAGAAGAUAGAUGGGAAGUCAUAGAAGGGAUUACUAAUAUGGAUUUAGGAUGGCCAUGGAUUUCUUGUUGCGUGAUCGAUAAGGUACUAUGUUGUUUUAGGAAUUCAAAAAUGAAAUGGUACAACACAAAGAGACAAGAAUGGAUGAAUAUGAAGGGCUUGCUUAAGCUUGAUAGUUAUAGUCCUGUUCAUAUGGCGGACUACGGUGGGAAGUUGGCUGCUUUCUGGACCAAUGAUUUCGGCGCUAGUGGAUUUGAGGAAAGGAGGGUUUGGUGUGCUGUGAUUUCGCUUGAAAAACGCAAUGGUGAUGAUGAUGAGGAGGAGAUUUGGGGAACGGUUGAGUGGCUUGAUCUUGUUGCUACAGUUCAUGUAUCUUCUAGUGUCCAGUGUGUUGUUGCUGCUACUGUUUGA